ACUGACACAAAAGGGAAAGCAAUGACAGAGGUCGUAAUUUUACGACACAGUCAAGGAAAUGGCCGUCACUUUAGUCAAGCCCACGCAUGCACAAGGCUGCCCUCAAGUUCGUUUUCUCGAUUCCCUUCUCCGUUAUUUUUCCGCAACCAAUUUCUCUCUCUCUAUCUAAAAUGGUCCCAUACAACCGUCGAUUUUUAUAGAGAGAUAAAAUCAUUAAAAAAAGGUUUUGUUAGAGCGAGAAAGAGAUAAUAUUAAUAAUGUAAAGACUAAAUCAAUGGCGUCAGAUAACCCUAGUCAACCAGAGCUCGCGACUAAAGCAAGAGAAGAAGGAGAGGUCUCUUCUUCAUCCAACGACGACCAGAAUCCUAUUUGCUCUGCUCCUCCAUCUGCUGAUGCUGUUAACCCACCUGCUUCUGCAAGGACCAUUCUGGUUCCUCCAAUGAACAAAUUCACUUUAGCCAAUCGGGCUGGUAAGGCCAGUUUUAGCACCAAUCCCGCAAGAUCUGCUGAUCCCAAUCUCCGAACAUCACAACAACCAAAUAAUAACAAGAGCUUUGACAAAAACAGAGUGCCACAUGUAUCUGCUAAUCCUGGAAAGUUGGCACCUUCAGGGGCUGAUGAUAGCCUAGUGAUAAGAUUUUUUUCAGAUGAUGAAAGUGGCAGUGAAUCUGAAGAUGGAGAAGACAAAUCUUUAAAAACUAAACUCAACACGGCUGUGGUUAAUGAAAAUGGAAGGCUGCCCUCCACUUCAUCAACAAAAUCAAGCAUGUCACAGCAGGCUACAAGAAAUGUGAACAGUAUUCCCAAGAAAUCAUCAAUGAGUUGCUCAUUUAACUCAUCAAUGACAAAGACAAACAGAGUUGCCAAUUCCAGGGGUGCUGGCUCCUCAUCUGUUGGGCAAGUUUCUCAAGUAAAAAAAUUUAAUUCCAUCAAAAGAAAUCUUGCAAGCGUAGAGCAUGGUCUUGAGCUAGGUGUGGAUUUGAACAGCACUAAAGUUCGGGACUUGAGGCAGCAGAUUGCACUUCGGGAAAGGGAACUAAAGCUUAAGGCAGCUUCACAAAACAAGGAAUCUCCUUCAGUUUCUGGCAAGGAGUACAAGUCUACAAACAUUUCUAUUGCUGCAGCCAGGAAGUCUAAUGCAGCUUUUUAUGAAGUUGGGCAAUUAGCCCCAAAAGAACCGGACAGGAAACGCUUAAAAGUUGGUGGAUCUUAUUCUAAACAGUUAAAUUCAGAUGGCCAACAAAAAAUGCUUGCAACAACAUAUAAUUUACCUUCAAAGGAACAAGCACCGGAGAGCAGUGGUUUGCAGGAUAGAAAUAUGGACGAUUAUAGCCAGAAGGAAAGGCUGACGAAAGUAACAGAGUCAAGUGUAGUUAAAUGGGAAAGGCAAGACUGUAGGCGGGUGGAUAUUUCAUCAGCAAAGCUACCUGCUUCUAAUGUCAAUCAUAAUUCCAGCCAGUCUGACAUGAGCAGAAUGCAGGUGGAUCCUUCUGUUGUAUUGAACCAGACCCCGCCACUGACUAAUGCAAAUACUAAUACUUUACCAGAGAAUAGAAAGAGUGUUGACUCAAAUCCAGUGAAGAAUUGUGGAACCCAGCCACCAGCUUGCUUGUUAAAGACAUCAACUAGUGGACAGAAUUUAAUAAACAGCUUUGAGCAUCUGCAAGGCAUAUACGGUGACAAGCCUUCUUGUCAAGCAUCUCUGAAUCUAAACCCUUGGAAUUGUUUGGGAACUGUAAAUGUGGCAGAUCAUAGAAGCAUAGAUAUGCAUCUUGUUGAAAUGGAGGAAUCAUUAGACAAGGAGCUGGAUGAAGCACAAGAGCACAGGCGCAAAUGUGAAAUUGAAGAAAGAAAUGCACUUAAAGCUUAUCGAAAAUCACAGAGGGCUUUGAUUGAGGCUAAUUCUAGAUGUACAGAACUUUAUCGCAAGAGGGAACUGUACUCUACUCAUUUUCGAUCUCUCAUUGUGAAUGAUUCCAAUUUGUUUUUGCCCUCCAGGCAGCAUGAGCACGUUGGAACUGGGGUGAAUUGUGGAAAUGUAUCUAGAAAUGUAAAUUUAACACCCUCGCCAAAUGAUCAGAUGCAGCCUGAGUAUGAUGGUUGUAACCAGCCUGGGUGCGAUUCAGUCACCCCCUCAAAUUUACUUUAUCAGCAUGUAAAUGGCCAUAGUUUGGGAUCUGAGCCAUGCAGUGAACUGGAUGCUAGUACAUCAGAGCCAUUGCCCCGCAACAGCCUGAUUGCUGCUAAUGGAGUAAGCUUUCAAUCCAAUGAUUCUAAUAUUUCAGCAGAUGAAGAUGAAGAAACAUUUCCAUUGGACCAUGAGACUGAUCAGCAUAGCUUCAAAAUUCAGCAAGGAGAUCAAAAUUCUGUGGGAAGGGAAAACCACAGAGAUUAUCCCCCAAACAAAAAUCCCUCUGUUCAUGCAGCUCAGGAUUCUUUGAUUCUUGAAUCAAAAUUAAGAUCCAAACUAUUUGCUCGACUACCAAUCAGAACCUUUUCAAAGAAUGGUGGUUCAUCCACCAUGGAGCCUGCAGAUGAACCAGGGACUGCAACUGACAACAGAAGUGAAAGAACCCAGGGAAGCAAUGGCAGUGUGCGAUUGUCAGAGGCACAGAAAAAUCAACAUUAUGACCUUGAAGGCAAUGAUAAUCCUGAAACUAUAAUGUCUGAGCUUCCUGUUCAGAUUCAGAGCCAUGAAAAGAAUUCUUCAAAUUUUCAUUCUGCUGCUGAUUCCAAGGACAAUUUCACAGGAGGUCAUCAGUUGACAACGUCAAUCAUAUCUUCACCUCCUUUAGUAUUGAGGAGUGCAUUUGCUCAAAUGAAAGUUAUGUACCCAAUGACUUUAAUAGAAUCACAACAUAUAAAAAGUCAACAAAAUUAUACCCGUGGUGGUUUCAGUGGAGAGGGUGGUUGCAUGGAUUCUGAGGAAAUCCAGUGUGACGAGGCGAUAGCAAACUCAAAGGAUGAGGAUCUAAAGGAUAUAUGCGGAACUGAAAUUGGCACAUUUACCCACAAUGUUGCGGUUGACCCAUUUUGGCCACUCUGCAUGUAUGAACUUAGAGGAAAAUGCAACAAUGAUGAAUGCCCUUGGCAACAUGCUAGGGACUUCACUGAUAAAAAUGCGCAUCAAAAUCAGCACGAUGAUUCUGAUAGUGCCGAUUGUCAGGUUGGAUUAACACUGCAUCAACAAAAAAGUAGUGGUGGAACAGAACUUUCCAAGUGUCACAUUGCAUUGAUUCCACCAACUUAUCUUGUUGGCUUCAAUAUGUUGAGAUCUGAUUCACAUAAAUCUGUCAUUGCACCGAGAAAUUGUCAGCGCUGGCAAAAACAGUUCAGUAUUUGCUUAGCUCUAUCAAGUUUGCUUCAAAAAGAUUUACUUGUUAAUCAGCCUUCUUUCUGUGCUAAUGAUGGUUGUAUUGAGGUCCGUGGGAGUUGGAAUGGACAGACAUCAUACUUUCAGAGUAGAAAGAGCGUAGCGAAUCAUCUCAAUCAAGCAUUAGCCAGCAGCGUGCUGUCCCUUGAAAUGGCUCUUCUUAUUCUCAGUCAGGAGGCUGACAAACUGGAGGGUAUGAAAAAGUCUCUCUCCGUGCUGUCACGAGCUAUUGAGGUUGAUCCAACAUCUGAAGCUCUGUGGAUGAUGUAUCUGCUCAUUUACUACAGCAACAUUGAGUCUGUUGGGAAGGAUGACAUGUUCUCCUAUGCGGUUAAAAACAGCAACAGAUCCUAUGGACUUUGGCUCGUGUACAUUGACAGUCGUAUACAUCUUGAUGAUCGACUGGUUGCGUAUAAUGCUGCCCUCACAGCGCUUUGCCACCAUGCAUCUGCUUUUGAUAGGGGCAAUGUGUAUGCUAGUGCAUGCAUCGUAGAUCUGUUUUUACAGAUGAUGGAUUGUUUGUGCAUGUCUGGGAAUGUUGGCAAGGCCAUUCAGAAAAUCCAAGGACUCUUCCCUGUGGCAGCUAAUUCAGAUGAGCCUCCCUCUCAUUUGCUCUCUGAUAUCCUCACAUGCUUAACGAUUUCUGACAAAUAUAUCUUCUGGGUUUGUUGUGUGUACUUAGUUAUUUACAGGAAGUUACCUGAUGCUAUUGUACAGCAGUUUGAAUGUGAGAAAGAACUCCUUGCAAUUGAAUGGCCUUCUGUUCAUUUACAAAAUGAAGAGAAGCAGAGGGCUGUUAAGCUCGUUGAGAUGGCUGUGGAUUCUGUUAAAGUGUCUGUCAAUAGUGAAUCACUUGAUAGUGACACAAAUGUUAGACUGGCUCAACAAUUUGCUCUCUGCCAUAUUAGGUGUACGCUAGUUCUUGAUGGUCCAGCUUGCUGUCAGAAUUUGUUGGGCAAGUAUAAGAAGUUGUGCCCAUCCUGUGUAGAACUUGUUCUUUUGUCAUCAAGGCUUCAAACAAAUGGCACAGGUGGUGUGAGUUUUGAAGGGUUUGAGGGAGCCGUUAGUAAUUGGCCAAAAGAAGUCCCUGGAAUUCAUUGUAUCUGGAAUCAAUAUAUUGAGUAUGCCCUCCAAAAAGAAGGUCCCAAUUUUGCAAAAGAACUGACUUUUCACUGGUUUAACUCUGUUUCAAAAGUUCGAUAUCCUCUGAAUGAAAUUUUGGAUACAGUGGAUGGUAAUAGCUCACAUGGAUUAUUCGAAUUGGCUUCAGCAUCAAAUCCAGACUUUCUGACAUCCAGUUCUAAUCAGAUGGAAAUAAUGUUUGGAUUAAUUAAUCUCUCUCUUGCCAAAUUAUUGCACAAUGACCACAUUGAAGCUCAGGUUGCCAUUGACAGGGCACUGAAGGCUGCACCUCCACAGUACAUCAAACAUUGCUUGAGAGAACAUGCUGUGUUCCUGCUUAACUAUGGGUCACAAUUAAAGAAGGAUGCUCCAGUCAGUGAGCAAUUAAAAAUUUUGAAUGGUUAUUUGAAUGAUGCCCAGGCUCUCUUGGUUUAUGAACCACUAUCUAGACGAUUCAUUGACAGCAUUGAGAAGCCAAUAGUUCAGCAGCUAAUCCGUAACAUAUUGAGUCCAGUUUCAUCUGACUUCUCUUUGGUGAAUUUUGUUCUUGAAGCGUGGUAUGGUCCCUCUCUUUUACCCCCAAAGUCAAACCAGCCAAAGGAAUUGGUGGAUUUUGUUGAAGCCAUCUUUGAGAUAGUGCCAUCCAACUACCCGUUAGCAUUUUGUGUUUGUAAGCUCUUGUGCAGAGGCUACAGCUCUAUUAAUGUUACUUCUGAUAGUGUCCUGUACUGGGCAUGCUCAAUCUUGGUCAAUGCAAUCUUUCAUGCUAUUCCAAUACCACCAGAAUAUGCAUGGGUUGAAGCUGCGGGUAUUUUGGGUGACAUUUCAGGUAUUGAGCUCAUUUCUGAUAGUUUUUACAAGAAAGCUUUAUCGGCACAUCCAUUCUCUGUGAAGUUGUGGACUUGCUAUUAUAAUCUAUCAAAGACUAGAGGAUAUGCAAGCACUGUCGUCCAAAAAGCAAGAGAGAGGGGUAUUGAAGUUGGUUGAUGUUUUUUUCUUAAAUAUAGUUGUCAGGUUGAUAGAAUUAGUUCUGCUGAAGAGAUAUUUGAGGCCAGUUUUGCUGAAUGACGCCCCAGGAGGAUAGAAUUCGGUAUGUAUAGAUUGGCAUUGAAGGUGGUUGAUGUCUUCUUCUUAAAGAUAGUUGUCAGUUCGAUAGAAUUAGUUCUGCUGAAGAGAUAUUUCAGGCCAGUUUUGCUGAUUGACGCCACAGGAGGACAGGAUUUGGUAUGGAUAGAUGGUGUGCUGGCUUGCAUGACAAUCCCUGGCAAGUUGUUCUGGGUGCCUGUUCACUGUAAAAUGUUAGAUGAAGAUCUGAAAUUAGGAAUUAUAGAAAUACACAUAGGAUACAAUGAUGAAAGAAUGUGUUUGUAGCAUAUGUUAAGGCGAAGAAGUGCCUUGUAGGUCAGGGUUUCAGCCCCCCUUAUUUUUUUAAAAGCCCUGUCAUUCUUUGUUUCAUUCCUCUUCUGUCUCUUGUUGUUAUUACACUUCUUCCCAUUGUUUUUUAUACGGAAGAAUUCACAUAGUUGAAAAGAUUAUAGUUUCAUUAAAAAGGAUCUUUUUGAAAGUU